AGCUGAUGCCAAUCUCAUAAAAAAAAAAAAAUACGAAGAGAUAAAAGCUGGAAAAAUUCGCCAUUUGAUUUGUGUGUAUUGCGAUCGACAUUGUCAUCGUCGUCGAGUCGACGAACUUCCUUGUUUUCACAAAGAUAUUGUGCACUUUAAGUUCUAUAUUUUCUUAAGCUGUGGAUGAUUACUUCAACAAAAGUGGGCGAUGGGAAACUCAAACUCGAGAAGUGACUCUGGCAGCGAUGGCCCAAAUGGGGCCCCAGCUGGAGCCAAGGAAAAACCCCCCAAAUCAACAACUACGCUUCCCAUACGCGAUGGAUCUUCCGUAGGAAAUAACAAUGCUAUGUUAAAAGCCGAGAAGGCAAUGAGUAGAUCAGCAUCGGGUGCAGAUGUCACGGAGAAGUAUUUAACGCAACUCGUGCCAAUUGAAAAAUUAUCUGAAAUACUUAAGGAGAAGUCAGUCAAGCACGGGGUCAAUGGUAUAGUUUCGGAUGUGUUUGUGUCACAAGUGUUUCCUCAUUAUGCUGAUUUAGGCAAACGACUUUUUCACCUAAUGCACACUGCAUCGAAAGCAACCACAGCCUAUCUAGGCACGGUGGCAUUCCGCCAACAAUGCGAACGUUUUCUUGGUAUAAUGGACGAUGACAAAAUUUUAGAAUGCUAUAUAAAAAUGUUUGCAGAAGAGGAUAAUCCAGAUUUCAUUACUAAAGAGGGUGUAACUCGCUUACUUUUUACGUGCUACACUAUUGCUAUGCAACAUUCUGGCAACGCAGUAUUGUGCCCAGCAAUUAAUAGAACAUUUGGCUCGGUGACCAAGUCAAUAUUUUUUAGCCACGACAACCUAAGUUUAGGCUUUGUUUGUCGUUGGUUUGAACAGAAUCUUAUUCGUUUGGUUCUGCUGGUGCAUAAAUAUUGCGUACAUAUGUUGUCAACAUCUUAUAGAGGUCUCGAACAACAAGGUCAGACAUGCGGCAUUGAACUUCAAACACCAGUGUUGGAACAACGUAAUCCAUUCCCUGAUGCAGCUGGCAGAGAUGAGGGAGAUUCAAACUAUGAUUCAUUAAUGCCAUUAUCUCAAGCAUGGUUAUUAGCUGGAGCGCUUCCUCCGCUUUAUUCUAAGCCCCAAACGAUACAGUCGUCAAACGCCAAUAAGUCUUCUGCAGCUCAAAUUUUCAAAGAAAAACUUUCUAUGAUACCAUCACAUUGGACUUUAUUGUACAACUCAAAUGAACAUGGACUGGGUGCUAAUCGUUUUUUGCAUCACGUUCUUGGCUAUCGCGGACCAACACUUGUUUUAAUACAUACCAAGGACGAUCAGACAUAUUGUAUUGCUUCGCCAAAUGAAUGGAAGGAAACUCAUUUGUAUACGGGUGGUGAAGGCAGUAGUGUAGUUCAACUUUUUCCAAAGUUUGUGAUAUUGGAGAAAAAACCCAACAUUUUGUACUUAAAUACAAGCAUACGAGGUUACCCCAAAGGACUGCGUGCUGGAUCAGAUCCACGAAAACCUAUUAUCGCCGUAGACGAACAUUUCGAAAGUGUAGAUUGCAAAGGACUGGCUGCAGUGCUGUUGGCAAUAGAGGUGUGGGGCUGCGGUGAUAAGGCAUCACGUGAUGUGCAAUUGGAUAUUAAAAAAUGGCAAAUAAAAGAAGCUGAACGACAACGUACAGUUAAAUUAACUGCCGCCGAUUGGAUGGAUCAUCCCGAUCGAUACUUAUUAGAACUGGGAGGUCGCACAAACUACAACAAUUGAAUGCCAUAAGCCUUUGUUGACGAAUGUAUGCAUAAACUUUUACGUGCCUUGAGCCGCUGGCAUCAGCAAUAUAACUAUCAAUAUUUAUUAGAGUACAUAAUGAACCAGUUUCGAUAUGCAGUUAUCGCAGUUGAAGACCUUCAAGCAGAAAAGACAUGUGUCGACGUAUUGUUCGGUCAGUCAACAAUUCCAGUGUCUUACUUUUUAAGUGUUUAACGAUCUUGCAACCUAAUAUUAGUUUGUCUUUAAAGUGUUUUUAUGUAGCAUGGGUACUUAUAUAUACAAUAUAUAUGUAUGUAUAUACUCGGUCUGGUCUAUUAUCCGAUUGUAAAGUAUUGAAGUGUUGAAAUUUGUUCUAUUUGCAGUAGACGAUAUAUAUUUUUUAUUUAAGAAUGGAACGUCAAAAUUUUUCUCUAAAUGCGUGGCGUUGCAUUAAUUGUCCAAGUAUGUACUUAAUAAUCCGAUAUAUUAAUUAUUUUCGAACUGAAACGUCCAUUUUAUUGUUAAUUGUAAUAAAAAAUACAUAAUAAAAUGAUAAAAAUUAAAUAAUAUCAGAAAUAA